UCUGUCAAAGCGGCACAAGUCAAUGGUCGUGUUAUCAAUUCGCCUAUCGAGUUUCUUUUCUAGAACUUGCACGUAUAGACCUUAUCUAAAUAUCUACAGGACCAUGGCUCAAGGUUUGACUAACGAAGAGGUCGAGGCCCUCUGUGUGAAGCCUCAUGAAGGAACUAAGGACUUCAUGUUCCAACAAACCAUGUACCGCAUCAAAGACCCCCGCAAGUCGCUCCCGUUCUACACCGGUGUGCUUGGGAUGACCCUCCUCAAGAAACUGGACUUCCCUGCUAUGAAGUUCUCUCUGUACUUCAUGGGUUAUGAGAACCCGGCCGACGUGCCGCAGGACGAGGCAAAGAGGCUGACUUGGGCUACAACGAGGAAAGCUACCCUGGAGCUGACACACAACUGGGGCACCGAGAGCGACGACUCGAGCUACCACAACGGCAACAGUGAGCCGCGUGGGUACGGCCACAUCGGUAUACUGGUGCCCGACGUAGAGGCGGCCUGUGCUAAAUUCGAGGAGCAAGGAGUGAAGUUCAUCAAGCGACCGCAGGACGGGACCAUGAAAGGGCUGGCCUUCAUCCAGGACCCAGACGGCUACUGGAUCGAGAUCUUCAAGGCCAUGUAAAAAUCCUUAUGGAGCAUCCCACGAGAAUGUCGCUUACGAAAUGAUUCUGCCUUGUUGUAAAUACCUUAAUCAAAUGCGUAAAGUUCGAGAAUAUACUGCCAAUGUGUUAACUAAGUAAUGGAAUAUUACAACACCAAAUAUCGCUUUCUCAUUAUUUUCAGAAGUAUCAAAAGAAUGGCAUUUUGUAAGCGACAUUCUCGUGAAAUAUCUUUUAUUUGUGUAGACCCUUAUCAUAAUCUCGGGGACUGUGGAUCAUUGUGGUAUUUAGAAUUAGAUAAGGAGUAAGUUUUCUUUUCUGUAAUUAGAGUCCGUGUCGGCUAACUUUCCAUCGACUUGACAUGAGCAGUGAUGGUGUGUUAUUAUAUAGGUCAUGUUUUCAUAGAAAUAUGACAUUAAUGAUGACAUUGCCAUUGUAAAUGCCAUGCAGAGUUAGUUUGACCAUACUCUAUGUUAUGAAAUACCUAAAUAUGUAUGUAUGUAAACACUUUACCUAUUGUACAUAAGACAGGUUAAAUUACAAUCAAAUAUUAGACUUUUUUUAUUAAAUUAUCAUUAUUUAGCAAUAGAAACGUUAUUACUAUUUUUAUAUAAAUACUGUCAGUUUCUCUAUCUAAUUCUAAAACCACUUUAUAGAUUCGAGGUUUAUUUUUUGUAGUAACUAUACGGACGAUGUGUCAUAUAAUAUCGUUAUAAACUUAUGACUUAAAUUAUUUCGGCCCAAAAUGUUAUAAAGAUUAUUAUUAAUAAGAAAAAGUGAGAAUUAAAGUUUUGUAUUAUCUGUUAUAUAAUAAAAUAUAUACGUUAAA